AUGGCCUCGCUUCUAAAAGGAACGGCCUUCAUCACUGGAGCUGCUUCAGGCAUAGGACGUGCCACCGCGGUGUCCUUCGCCCGGUUUGGCAUUCAGAGGCUGGCACUGGCAGAUAUUAAUGAACCGGCGCUGAAAGCAUCGAAUGAGGAGCUCAGGCAACAAUUCUCAGGCGUAGAGGUCCUUGACCUCACCAUGGAUGUUCAAGACACCGCCCAGGUGUCCUCGAGUAUCGCCGAGGCAGUACGAGCGUUCGGUCGUCUCGACGUGGCAGUCAAUAAUGCAGGCACUGGCGGUGCUGGUGAGAAGACACACGAGUUGCCAGAGUCAGAGUGGAAUCGUAUAGUCGGCAUCAAUCUCAACGGUGUAUGGCGAUGUCAGCGUGAGGAGCUGGGAGUCAUGCUGAAGCAGGAGUGA